AUGGAUAAUCUCACUUUCUCUCCCUCUUUGUCUUCUUCUAUGCUCUCUUUAACGCAACAAACGCCGGCCAUGUUGUCCUCUUCUCCGGCCGAUCAACUUCAGCAGAAACUCCGGUUUGUGGUGGAAACCUCGCCGGACCUUUGGACUUACGUCAUAUUCUGGCAAAAGGUGACUGAUGAUCAUUCGGACCGGUCUUACUUGGUUUGGGUUGAUGGCCAUUUCGGUGGAAACAAGAACAACAAAUCCCAACAAAAUAAUACACAUAACAUCAUCGAGUGUGAGCUGACGAUGGACGGUGGAGAUUUGGAGUGGUUCUACGCAACAUCGUUUAACGGCGGAGAUGCAUCCCCGAGUAAGGAAUGUCCCGACGAAUCUUUGGUCUGGCUAACCGGCCCGGACGAGCUCCGGUUUAGCAACUGCGAGAGGGCUAAAGAAGCCAGUUUUCACGGGGUCCACACGUUCGUAUCCAUACCCAUACGCAAUGGCACUAUCGAACUUGGCUCGUCUAACAAGAUUAAGCAAAACCGGAACUUGAUCAACCAGGUCCAAUCGAUAUUCGGUUCGAGUAAACACACUAACCAAACCGGUUUUAAUCCUAAACCGGUGGGAUCGGAUCAUUCAGAAGUCAGAAAUCAACAAUCGGACCCGGGAAGAAAACGGAGGAGGAAAACCGAGACGACGACAGAGGCGGUUACUGCGGAGAUCAAACAUGAUCUUCCGACGGGUUUGAAGCACGUGGAGGCGGAGAGGCAGCGGAGAGAGAAGCUAAACCACCGGUUUUACGCUCUACGUGCCGUCGUACCAAACGUGUCACGUAUGGACAAAGCGUCGCUCUUAUCCGACGCCGUUUCGUACAUCCAAAACCUCAAAUCCAAAAUCGACGAUCUCGAAACGCAGAUCAAGAGACUGAAGACGGAUAGGUUACUAGACAACAACAGCAGCAAUACGUCUCCGUCUUCCGUUGACCAAGUGACGAAUAAGCCUUUGGAGUCAAAUAGAGUCUCCGACUUCGCAGUGCAAGUGAUGAUGACCGGAGACGAAGCCAUGGUUAGCGUUGAGACGGAGAAUGUGAACCAUCCAACGUCGGCGUUGAUGAAUGCGUUGAUGGAAAUGGAUUGCCGUGUUAAACACGCGAGCGCGUGGCGUGUGAGUCAGAUUAUGGUACAAGAUGUCGUUGUUUGGGUUCCAGACGGAUUAAGAUCGGACAAUAUGCUUAGAACCACACUUGUUCAAAAGCUAAUUUCAGUUUAA